CACCUGAAAACAAGCCUCGCUUUCAAGACAGUGGACUCAAGGGGGGAAAAGUUACAACAAAAUGGCUCCCAAAACCAUGGGAGCAGGCCUUCGAAAUAUUGUAAUAGUAUACUUAGCAUUCAUGAUUCACGGAGCACAAGGUCAAGUUACUCAAGGAUGUAAAAUUCACCCCUCAUAUGCAGGAGACUGGUACUACAUGGAAGUUGGUCGUGAUGUUUUCAUCAUUGUUUCAGAAGAUAGGUGGAGUGACAUGGUUUGCCUUGAGAGAUAUGAUCAUCCUAUUGAAGAGGACUUUGUUGUGGGUAUAAACAGUACCAUGUUGAUGAGGAAAGAAAGUGGUACUGAUAAGUGUUUCUUCUGUAUGGAUAUACUUUGGAGGACAUUGAAUAUUCUUCAAGUCAGGCAAAGUAGUUGUUUCACCACAAAUACUGGACUAGACAAAAUGUGUAAAGGAAAACAGUUAUUGCCUUCACAAGAUCAAGUUAUUACUUUAUUUCGUCAAACUCUCCAAACUGUGAACUGUAUCUCCACAUGGGAAGGUAUUUACCAAUUCACAUAUGAAGUCAACUGGGGAGGUGGAGGUAUUUGUGACAAUCCUGACAAUAUUGUAAAAGCAUGCCAGGACCCUGGCUCAGCCUACGUAGAUAAUCAAGUGUUCACUAUAACUUAUGCCAGAUGUCCUGGUGUUCAGACAUCCAAAUCUCAAACUAUUCGUUAUCAGUGUAUGGGCAACUGGUUUGCUGUUGUUGGUGGCAUUGGCUAUUCCUUUGCUGCUAUAGCAGACACCGUGCAGAAAGACACUAGGGAGAAAUAUAAAUGUAUGAUGACCUUAAAAAACCAAAAACAAGAAGAUAACUCAAUUCGUUGGGUCAUGUCUCGAUUUGCUGAUUGCAGUGGACUUAACAGCUUGUAUGAAGCUCCUGUUAGAAUUGUACUUAGGAGAACCCCACCCCAGACACCUUACAUCACCCCACAGUGUAACUUGCCAAGAAACAUCUCUGGUGAAUGGUUUACCCAGGGUAUGCAGUUCAAAUCUAGAGUCGUUGUCAAUGAUACCCAUAUUCACUAUUACACUACAAAGAAUGAGUUUGAGUUUGAAGAAACUUACCUGUCAUGUCAGCAGACACUUGGAACCAGAUACCUCAUGACUAAGUACAUUGUAGGAAAAUGUGAAGUGGACUUUGUAUGCUAUGACAUUCUACCUAGACAUCAUGGAAUUGUGCGGUAUAGAGUAGGUAAACCCUCUCGACUGACACCUGAAGAGCUCUCUGAUACUCAAUUCAUGACAAAGAAGUUUCGUGAAGUUUGCAGUUGGCAGUUUUUUACAUUCAAUCGCAAUGAUACAGACUGGAAAUAUGAAGUUUUAAUUAUGAAUCCUCCAUCUCCUGUUGCUUGCCCGAUUGGUGGUCGCUACAGCUUCACCCAGAAUGUAAAUGGUGAAUUAGAAAAAUAUUCUACGAGGAUUCGUGGUGUGACAGACAAACCACGUCACUCUAUAAAUUGUAGAUUAGUGGUUUCAGAGUUUAAGUCUUGCAGCUAUGACAGAUCUAAAAUUGAAGUGGAUGCUGAGUACUGUGAAAGUGUGGACUACAGGGGCAGGCCUCUAGGAGAGUAUGAUGAACCUGACCACAUUUUGACAUGUGUGGGAUUCUGGAUGGAGGAUAUGAAAUCUUACCUGAUCACCUACGAUGAAGAAGAUGCCAUUUCUAUGUUCCGUUGCUGGGUGUAUGAGCGCAUUAGUUGGACAGAUUUUUCCCUUUCAAGGAGUCAAACUGCCCGCUGCCGUCGGGAGCAGAACUCAAGGAGCUACAUGAUUGAAGGCACUGGAUUUAGUAUGAAAAUCACUGACUCUGAGAGGCUGUAUGAUGACUGUCCUCAGAGGUUUGAUCCAGGCUUAAACCCUUACUUAAAACCAACUGUUAUCUAUGUGUUAAGUGGCUCUGUACAUGUGUGUAUUUCUGUAGUAACACUGGUUAGUUUUAUGUGUGUUGCUGUAGCAAGCCAAAAUUUGUAAACAUUGUCAGAACAAAACUUGCAAGUGAAGCGAAUGUAUAUGGGAAAAUGUAUUUUUCUUUGUUUAGCUUUGUGAUGGAAAUAUGGUGAGUCAUGGAUUUCAAAAUACAUUCUUUUUUUUUAAUAGUAUGUUUUAAAAAUUGAAAGCAUUUUUUUCAUUGAGUUUAUUUAAUUUCUUGUUUGUUUUUUUGUGUGAAAUCAGUGGAAUAUAUUAUACUUGUGUAUGUUAUUCAAAUAUUAGUGUACAUAUAUGUGAAUAAUCAAAUGUUUAUAAUAAUGCUGGAUUGGAUCUGAAUAUGUAAUAUACAAUAUCUUUUAUAUUGCUCUUAAGCUUUCACAAAGUUCAUAGUUUAUUUCAAACAUUUGUUUAUAUUUGAUAUUCUUCUGUUUUAUUUGUAUCACAUGUGCAGGAAUUAACUUCAUAUUUUUCAUUGUGAGUUAAAGCUUGUUGGUUUUGAUUGGUGACAUCAAUUGUUUUUGUUUGACUGUGACACAGUACUACAUCAAAGAUUGUGUUGUCAGUACCAAUAGAUACUCAUUAACCUCAUACAACAAUACAAUUUUUUUAAUGACAUUAUUUUUGUUGUUGUUUUGAUUUCACUGAAUUUUUUUAUUUCAGAUAGUGUAUUUAUAUUUAGCUCAAGAAAAAUGCAUGAUAAAGCAUAAAAGAAUUAUAACGUAGGCUCAUAAAAUGUCACAAAAAUGAAUAUCACAGUUUGCUUAUGUGAGUGAUAAUUUUUUAAUAAAUUGGUCCACAAAAAAAAAAUGAUUGAUCAGAACGUUUUGCUUUUCAAUUUAAUAGUUAAUGAGUGCCUUCCAAAUUGUCUAUAUUGUAAAUAGUUCUUUAGUCUUGAUUCAAGUAUUGUGUAAAGAAAUGUUGUCAUGAUUCUGAAUGAACAAGAAAAUGUGUGUACUUGUGUAAAACUCAAAGCCUUCUGUAAUGUUGUAAAUAAACCUCUGUAUUAUUGUAAUGCAAUUAUAAGUAUAUUCUAUUUGUUUUACUGAAUGUACAUAUCAUAGGCAUGGCAGUCGGAUGGCUUGUGUAGAUUUGAUGAUUGCAAGAGAAAUUUUCAGUUUGAAUAGCAUUUCAUAUAUAUAUUAUACUUAAAAAAAAAAAAACUGUCAUUUUCUUCUUUAUCACUGUAAACUUAAAUUGUCUUUCUGAUUAACUUCAUUGUUUUAUUUCAAGUCACGAGUUAAUUAGUGAAGAUUAGUUGUAGCAUCAAUUCUUUUUGUAUCAUGGAUGGAGAACCAAGUGCUUAGUUUCUAUAGCAACUCAAAUAUAUCAAAGAAAAAUAUAUAAAUAUAAUAUACAUAAAUGUUUUUAAACAUCUUUUCGAACUCCUAUUUCGAUAUCAAGUGUUUAAAAGUAGGAGUCAUUUCUAAACUGAAAAACUUUUUUAAAAAAUCCUCUAAAACUGCUGUCUGGUAAUGUCUACAACAAAACAUCAUAGGCCUUUUUGAAGUUUUGUAUAAUUGUCAUGUUCAUUAAACUAGUUAUGUCUUUAUACCUGCUUUCCAGUUCACAUUCCAAGUUGAGUACGGUAACUCAAGGUUGUGUCAUUAAGUAAGAGUUAUCUACAUUCCUUUAUUUCCAGUGUAUACAUUUCAUACUUGUUUGUGUUGUGUAACAUUAACAGACAUUUUUUAAAUACAUUUUUAUGAAUUGAACAAUU